AUGAUUUUGAUGGAUGAGGAUGAGGAAGAAAAUGAGGAUGAGGAUGAGGAUGAGAAUAAGGAUGAUGAUGAGAAUGAGGAUGAGGAUGAUGAUGACGAUGAUGAUGAUGAUAAGGAUGAUGAUGAAAAUGAUGAUGAGGUUGAGAAUUACGAUGAGGACGAAGACGAGGAUGAUGAGGAGGAUGAUGAUGAGGAUGAUGAUGAGGAUGAGGAUGCUGAUGAGCAGGAGGAGGACGACAAUGAGGCUGAGGAUGAGUUUGAGUAUGAGGAUGAGGAUGAGGAUGCGGAUGAGGACGGGGAAGAGGAUGAGGAUGAUUAUGAUGAUGAUGAUGAUGAUGAAUAUGAUAAUGAUGAUGAUGAUGAGAAUGAUGAGGAGGAUGAUGAUGCAGAUGAAAAUGAGGAUGAGGAUGAUGAUGAUGACGAUGAGGAUGAGAGCGAGGAUGAUGAUGAUCAUGAUGAUGAUGAUGAUGAGGGUGAGGAUGAGUUUGAGGAUGAGGAUGACGAUGAGAAUGAGCAUGAGGAUGAGGAUGAGGAUGAUGAUGAUGAUGAAGAUGACGAUGAUGAUGAUGAUGAUGAUGAUGAUGUUGAUCAGGAUGAGGUUGAGGAUGAGGAUGAAGAUGAGGAAGAGUAUGAGAUUGAGGACGAGGAUGAGGACGAGAAUGACGUUGAUGAUGAUGAUGAUAAUGAUGAUGAUGAUGACGAUGUUGACGUUGAAGAUGAUGAUGAAAAUGAUGAUGUUGAAGAUGAUGACGAUGAGUAUGAGGAUGAGGCUGAGGAUGAGGAUGAGAGUGAGGAUGAGGAUGAGGAUGAGGAUGAUGAUGAUGAUGAAGAUGAUGAGGAUGCGGAUGAGGAUAAGGCUGAGGAUGAGGAUGAGGAUGAUGAUGAUGAUGAGGAUGAGGAUGAGAAUAAGGAUGAUGAUGAGAAUGAGGAUGAGGAUGAACACGAGGAUGAGGAUGAGGAUAAGGAUGAUUUUGAUGAUGAUGAUGAUGAUGAUGUUUAUGAGGAUGAGGAUGAGGAUAAGGAUGAUUUUGAUGAUGAUGAUGAUGAUGAUGAUGAGGUUGAGGAAGAAAAUGAGGAAGAGGAUGAGGAUGAGGAUGAGAAUAAUGAUGAUGAUGAGAAUGAGGAUGAGGAUGAAGACGAGGAUGAGGAUGAGGAUGAUGAUGAGGGUGAGGAUUAUGUUGAGGAUGAGCAUGAGGAUGAGGCUGAGAAUGAAGAUGUUGAUGACGAUGAAGAUGACGAGGAUGUUGAUGAUAAUGAUGAUGAUGAUGAUGAUGAUGAUGAUGAUGAUGACAAUCAUGAUGAUGACGAUGAUGUUGAUGAUCAUGAUGAUCAUGAUGAUAAUGAUGAUGAUGAUGAUGAUGAUGAGGUUGAGCAUGAGCAUGAGGAUGAGGAUGAGGAUGAGGAUGAUGAAGAUUAUGAUGAUGAUGAUGAUGAUGAUGAUGAUGAUGAUGAUGAUGAGGAUGAUGGUGAUGAUGACGACGAUGGUGACGAUGUUGAUGAAGAUGAUGAUGAUGAUGACGAUGAUGAUGAUGACGAUGAUGAUGAAGAUGAUGAUGUGGAUGAGGAUGAGGAUAAGGAUGAGGAUGAGGAAGAGGAUGAGAAAGAGGAUGGUGAUGAUGAUGAUGAUGAUGAUGAGGAUGAUGAUGAAGAUGAGUAUGAUGAUGAGAAUAAUGGUGAGGAUGAGGAUGAUGAUGAGGAUGAGGAUGAGAAAAAGGAUGAGGAUGAGGAUGAUGAUGGUGAUGAUGAUGAUGAUGAUGAUGAUGAGGAUGAUGAUGUUCUUCUUGAUGAUGACGAUUACGAUGAAGUUGAGAAUGUGGAUGAUUAUGAGGAUGAGGAUGAGGAUGAGGAUGAUGAUGAGGAUGAUGAUGAAGAUGAGGAUGAGUAUGUGAGUGGGGAUGAGGAUGAUGAUGACGAUGAUGAUGAUUAUAAGGAUGAUGAUGAUGAUGAUGACGAUAAUGAUGAUGAUGAGGAUAGAGAUGAGGAUGAGGAUUAG